CGCUGGAUCCAAGAACACAGUUCUACUGGCAUCUCUGACUGUGGCCAGGCCUCCGCACCACUAGCCCUCGGUGUGGCCCACAGCACCAUCGGCUCCACACACAGGGCCUCCCUAGCAAUCCACACAGUCAUGUCGUCACACACCCGCGUGGCGCUGGUGACUGGGGCCAACAAGGGCAUCGGCUUGGCCAUCGUGCGUGACCUGUGCCGGCAGUUCUCCGGGGACGUGGUGCUCACGGCACGGGACGAGGCGCGGGGACGGGCGGCCGUGCAGCAGCUCCAGGCCGAGGGCCUGAGUCCGCGCUUCCACCUGCUGGACAUCGACGACCUGCAGAGCAUCCGCGUCCUGCGUGACUUCCUGCGCAAGGAGUACGGGGGCCUGGACGUGUUGGUCAACAACGCGGGCAUUGCUCUUGCUAAUGGUGACCCCACCCACUUACAUAUUCAAGCACAAGUGACAUUGAGAACAAAUUUCUUUGGUACUCGAGACAUGUGCACAGAACUGCUGCCUCUAAUGAAACCACAAGGCAGAGUGGUCAAUGUGUCUAGCAUAAUGAGCUUAGUAGCUCUUAAGAACUGCAGCCCAGGAAUGCAGCAGAAGUUCAGAAGUGAGACUAUCACAGAGGAGGAGCUGUUGGAACUCAUGAACAAGUUUGUGGAAGACACAAAGAACAGGGUACACAUAAAGGAGGGCUGGCCUGAUAUGAGGGCACUCACAUAUGGAGUGUCAAAGAUUGGUGUCACGGUCCUGUCCAGAAUCCAUGCCAGGAAACUGAGUGAGCAGAGGAGGGGAGACAGGAUCCUCCUGAAUGCCUGCUGCCCUGGGUGGGUGAGAACAGACAUGGGUGGACCGAAAGCCAUUAAAAGCCCAGAAGAAGGAGCAGAGACUCCCGUCUACUUGGCCCUUUUGCCCCCAGAUGCCAAGGAGCCUCACGGGGAGUUUGUUAUGGAGAAGAAAGUUGAACAAUGGGGACCCCCCUCUCAGUUCCCUUCAUGGGUCCCGUUAUGAUACAGUCAUGAUUUGACCACGAGAUUCCACUAUCAGCAAUGUCCUUGUCAAAGAAAAGAAAGAACCUUUAUUUGUAUCAAGUACUCACCUUGAAUUAGCUACUAUUUCUGUGAAGUCUUCUGUGAUUUCUUCUGUGAUAUAUGAGAAGGAAAAGUGGACUUAAUGACAAUAGUGAAUGAACAUCAUAGAUGAAUAAACAGUUAUAAGUAAA